UUAGGGCUCUUAUGUCGUUCUGCCGUCCGCGUGUUCGUCAUUCGUGGUGAGUGCAUCCAAAUUUACGAUGAAUUUUGUACCGUGUGUAGCUUGGGUUCCUCGAGGAGUGGCCAAAGCAAACCCAGAGAAAGUAAAAUUGCUCAGCGAACAGCUCAAAGAACUGAUAGAAAAAGGUGUUUCGAACAACAACAAGAAUGUGGACAGCGAAGGCGACAUGGAAGACGGCAAAGAAGGAGCAUGUGAAGAUGACAUUACGGCAAAGUAUGGUCUGGACACGUAUGAUGAUGAAGACAGUGCGGCGCAAGUGGGUAAUCUUGCCGAACUUGCUGUGUACGCAAACAACGCAGACGACCCUUAUUUGGACCCGCAAGAUGCCGAAGAUAGCGAAGAAGAAAUAGACGACUUCACUAUAAGAUGCACCGACAACUUGAUUGCUGUGGCACGUGUGGAUGAAGAUACGUGCGCUACAAUUGAGGUGUACGUCAACAACCACCAGGAAGAGCACCUUUACGUGCACCAUGACAUCAUGCUGCCUGCUUAUCCGCUGUGCUUAGAAUGGAUGAAUUUUGAUCCAGCGGAUGCAAAUCCUGGCAACUACCUAGCCGUGGGGGACAUGACUCCCGUGAUCAGUGUUUGGGACUUGGACCUUGUUGACACGUUGGAGCCAGCGUACAAAUUAGGCAAGAAAGCCAAGAAGAAAAAAGCAGCAAUCGGCCACACCGAUGCCGUCCUGAGCCUGUCGUGGAAUAAGCAAGUUCGGCAUUUGCUUGCUAGUGGAUCUGCUGAUAACAAAGCACUCGUGUGGGACUUGGACACGGGUGUUCCGGCUAGGUGCCUCUCGGCGCACAAAGAGAAGGUUCAAUCUGUCGCUUGGCAUCCCUUCGAAAGCCACACAUUGCUAACAGGUGCAUGCGAUAAUACUGUGAAGCUUUGGGACUGCCGAAAUACCGACGCCAGCUUCAAAUCGUGGACUGUUAAUGGUGAGGUAGAGAAAGUCUUGUGGAAUCACUUUGAUCCAUUUUACUUCUAUGUUAGCACAGACAGUGGUUUUGUGUAUGGUUUCGACGCUCGCACAGACCAAGCCGUAUUCACGCUCUCGGCCCACAGUAAGGGUGUCAGUGGGAUGGCACUGAGUGCCUACUGUCCGGGAUGUCUCGUCACAGCGUCGGAAGACAAAACGUUGAAGGUGUGGGACAUAUUGGAUCACAAACCAGUGUUUGUCUUUGAAAAGGAGGACCUGACUGUUGGGACAGUGCUUGCACUUGCCAGCUCCCCAGAUGAACCUUUUGUGAUAGCCAUUGGAGGCGACAACAAAUCACUCGGAUUUUCAGUGGUAGACCUCAAAGAAUGGACUGCUUUAAACUGCUUUGAAGGUCGGAAGCUGCUGAGAGCGGAAGUGCCGACAGAUGAUAUGGAGACAGAUGCGCCUUCAGGAGCACUUGGUGGCCUUUCGCUUGACAACUGAUUACACCUGCUAUGGCUGAAACAUGGAUUGGCUCAAGAUGCCUUGUCACACAACAAAUGCUAAUAAAGGAACAGCAACGUUACUUGAA